UGGGUUUCCUUGAGGACCUUGGUGAGGUUUGGAGCAGUUCAGGGUCUCACCACUGCAGAGCGACGAGAAAAAUCCAACCAUGUCGGACGCGGUGAUCAGCUUUAUGAAGGACUUUUUGGCCGGUGGUAUUGCCGCUGCCAUCUCCAAAACAGCUGUUGCUCCCAUUGAGAGAGUCAAGUUAUUGCUGCAGGUCCAGCAUGCCAGCAAACAGAUCACCGCAGCGACACAGUACAAGGGAAUCAUGGACUGUGUUAUUAGAAUCCCCAAAGAACAGGGCUUUAUUUCCUUCUGGAGAGGCAACCUGGCCAAUGUGAUCCGUUACUUCCCCACCCAAGCGCUCAACUUCGCCUUCAAAGACAAGUACAAGAAGAUCUUCCUCGGUGGAGUGGAUCAAAAAACACAGUUCUGGCGUUAUUUUGCUGGAAACCUGGCAUCUGGUGGAGCUGCUGGUGCCACCUCCCUCUGCUUUGUGUACCCCCUUGACUUCGCCAGAACAAGGCUUGCUGCCGACAUUGGCAAGGGCUCAGCCGAGAGAGAGUUCACCGGUCUUGGAAACUGCAUCUCUAAGAUCUUCAAAACCGAUGGCAUCAAGGGUCUGUACCUCGGGUUCAACGUGUCUGUCCAGGGUAUCAUCAUCUACAGAGCGGCCUACUUCGGAUGCUUCGACACAGCUAAAGGUAUGCUGCCAGAUCCCAAAAACACGCACAUCGUUGUCAGCUGGAUGAUCGCCCAGACUGUCACCGCUGCAGCCGGUCUUGUCUCGUACCCCUUCGACACCGUCAGACGUCGUAUGAUGAUGCAGUCUGGACGCAAAGGAGCUGACAUCAUGUACAAGGGCACAAUUGAUUGCUGGAGGAAGAUCAUGAAGGACGAGGGAUCCAGAGCUUUCUUCAAGGGUGCCUGGUCCAACGUGAUCAGAGGCAUGGGUGGCGCCUUCGUGUUGGUGCUCUAUGAUGAGAUCAAGAAGUUCACAUAAACAUUCUAAUCUCCCACUCCACAAGGAAACCCUUCACAUUGCAUAUGUCUUAAUUCGUAAAAUAGAGUGAUAACAGCUUGUGGUGAAGUGCAAGGUAGGCAUGUACUCCUCGGAGACAGCCCAGGACAGAUAAGCAUAUUUGGCCUGGGUGAACAUGCCUCCUCUGGAAUCUGUAUAUAUAUCCCAUCUAAGAUGUGCAAAAAGGCACAGCUAGUCUUUCAGUAGGACAAGCUGGAUGCACUGUGGAAUUGCUGCAAGAAUUAUAUGCUGAUGCAAAGGAUGAAGUCACCGACCUUGCAUUUGCUCCUCUUACAAUUAGUCCAUCAUAUUACUGUCAAUUUGUACCAUUGCUGAGGCCCAUGUGUAAUG